AUGAAGCACAUGGUUGGGCAGUCCAUCUUUCAGCUGGCCGUGAUUCUCACCAUGACCUUUGCGGGAGACAAGAUCUUCGGCAUCGAGUCUGGCCGCAAGUACGACCGUCCCGCCGGCGCGACGGGGCCGACCGUGCACUACACGAUGAUCUUCAACACGUUUGUGUUCUUGCAGCUCUUCAACGAGAUCAACGCCCGCCGCAUCCACGACGAGCUGAACGUGUUUGAAGGGAUCUUGACCAACCACAUCUACCUCGGCAUCUCCGUGCUGCAGUUGGUGCUGCAGGUGCUCAUCGUCCAGUUCGGGUCGCUCGUGUUCAGCUGCACGCCGUUGACGGGGUCCCAGUGGGCGAUCUGCGUCGCGAUCGGGGCCGUGUCGUUGCCGGUCGGGCUCGUCCUUCGAUGCAUCCGUCUCCCGGCGUCGUUCACGAUGUGCCAGGAAACCACCGUGGUCGAGAAAGUUGCCAGUCCUCGCACCAAGGCGUUGUGGCGCCGCAGUUUGAAGCGCCUCCAAGUCCAGAUCCGUGUCAUCAAGGCGUUCCAGACGUCGCUGGCGUCGACAAAGGCGCUGCUGCAUUAGUACACGUGAAGAAGCGGCAACGCCAGAUAGAUGCAUGAAUAUACUCGUCAAAACAUUAUGGGCAUCGCGAACUCUCUGGUUUGCACGGGGGUGGUGCAGUCGCGCUAGAGUUCGCUGGAAGGGGGUUCGCCCUCGUCCUUGCGUC